GGUUACUUCCCGCUGAAGCUUGCAUUUGAGCACGCCCGGGCACCCCGGGUCUUUCCUUGGGCUUGCAGCCAUGGCCCGCGAUGAGUUCAGUGGUGAGAAUCUGACGAUCGCCAGUGUGCAUGGAGACUCCAGCCAGGAGGUGUGCCGGAAGAGGUCGCAAGCGGAGGUAGAGGACAUUGCUGCCAAGGCAAAAUCCUCUUCAGGCAGCUUCUUUGGCGAAGAGGAGAAAUCGAAGAAGGAGGAGUGGGUUUUCCCAGCCUUUGAUGUCUUUCCUGAAACACUACGCUUGGGACCUUGGUCUCCUUUGGCCAAAGUCUUCCUGGUGAUCUUGGUCUCCUUCGUCCUUUGCACAUUGCCCUUCCUCACCAGACCUGAAUUGCCAUCGACCAAGUGGAAUUGGACGUAUGCCGCGGUGUCAGCCUACAUGAUCUUCGUCCAAAUUCAGUCCGUCUAUAAGUACAAAUGGUUUCCUUUAGCCACCUACACUUGUUGGUCAUAUUUCCUCUUGAACCUACACUUCCUCUUCCACGCGGUGGAUUUCCCGCUGGCUGCUGAGCUUUUGCGAUUCCCCUCACUGGCAAUGGCCACUGUGACCACCACAGUUUGGUGGCUCGUGCUUUUCCCAGUGAUUCUGGGAUUUUGCGAUUCAAAAAGCCGGUCUGGCUUCAUGAAGCUGAACUUCAGCUUCUUCCUGAUGAAUAUGCAUCUCCUCAACUUUCCCUUGGCUUUAUCAUCCUAUUGGCUCUUACCACGAGCUUUGGUGUUUACAGACUUUUGGGUGGCCACAAUAGUUGCGAUCGUUUACUUGUUCUUCUACUUACUCGUUCUUGAUCCGAAUGGUGUGCAUUUGUACAUCAUUUUGUCACCACGUCCCUGGUGGUGCGUGCUAUCAUACUCAGGGAUUUUGGCGCUCUAUGCCGGACUUUUCCAGGCCUUUUCUCACCACCCUCACCUUGGUUGAAGCCAUGUGUUCGAGUGAGGGCGCUUGAUAGUAGGAGGAUGUCAUGGAUUUGUUGAGUGAGUGCCCUUCCUGAACUAGGGAUGGGCAUCAUUUCCAGGCACCAUCGACAUCCGUCGACCCUCAGGGCCGACCAAAACCACGGAGCGUGAGUAAAAA